AUGGAGCGCGACGGGUGCGCAGGGGGCGGGAGCCGCGGCGAGGGCGGGCACGGCCGCCGGGAGGGCCCGGCGGGGAACGGCCGCGACCCAGGCCGCGGCCACGCCGCCGAGGCGCCCGGGGACUCGCAGACGGCCGCGUCCUUGCUGGCCCCCAUGGACCUGGGGGAGGAGCCGCUGGAAAAGACGGCGCGCGCCCGCCCGGCCAAAGACCCCAACACUUAUAAAGUGCUCUCGCUGAUAUUGUCAGUCUGUGUGUUAACAAUAAUCCUCGGUUGUAUAUUUGGGUUGAAACCAAGCUGUGCCAAAGAAGUUAAAAGUUGCAAAGGUCGCUGUUUUGAGAGAACAUUUGGGAACUGCCGCUGUGAUGUCGCUUGCGUUGAACUUGGAAACUGCUGUCUAGAUUACCAGGAGACCUGUAUAGAGCCAGAACACAUAUGGACUUGCAGCAAAUUCAGGUGUGGCGAGAAAAGGUUGUCUAGAAGCCUCUGCUCCUGUACUGAUGACUGCAGAGACAAGGGCGACUGCUGCAUCAACUACAGCUCUGUGUGUCGAGGUGAGAAAAGUUGGGUAGAAGAAACGUGUGAGAGCAUUAAAAAGCCACAGUGUCCAGCGGGGUUUGAAACACCUCCUACCCUCUUGUUUUCUUUGGAUGGUUUCAGGGCAGAAUAUUUACAUACUUGGGGUGGACUUCUUCCUGUUAUUAGCAAACUAAAAAGCUGUGGAACAUAUACAAAAAACAUGAGACCAGUAUAUCCAACAAAAACUUUCCCCAAUCACUACAGCAUUGUCACAGGUCUUUAUCCAGAAUCCCAUGGCAUAAUUGACAAUAAAAUGUAUGACCCCAAAAUGAAUGCUUCCUUCGCACUGAAGAGUGACGAGAAGUUUAAUCCUGAGUGGUACAAAGGAGAACCAAUCUGGCUCACAGCUAAAUAUCAAGGCCUGAAGGCUGCUACAUAUUUUUGGCCAGGAUCAGAUGUGGAAAUUAAUGGAAUUUUCCCAGACAUCUAUAAAAUAUAUAAUGGUUCAGUACCAUUUGAAGAAAGAAUUUUAGCCAUUCUUAAGUGGCUGAAGCUUCCCGAAGAUGAAAGACCACACUUUUACACUCUGUAUUUAGAAGAACCAGAUUCUUCAGGUCAUUCAUAUGGACCAGUCAGCAGUGAAGUCAUCAGAGCGUUGCAGAGGGUUGACAACAUGGUUGGCAUGCUGAUGGAUGGCCUAAAAGAGCUGAACUUGCAUCGAUGCCUGAACCUCAUCCUCAUUUCAGAUCAUGGCAUGGAACAAGGCAGUUGUAAGAAAUACGUAUAUCUGAAUAAAUAUCUGGGGGAUGUUAAAAAUAUUAAAGUUGUAUAUGGACCUGCAGCUCGACUGAGGCCAAUUGAUGUCCCAGAUAAAUACUAUUCAUUUAAUUAUGAAGGCAUUGCCAGGAAUCUUUCUUGCCGGGAGCCAAACCAGCACUUCAAACCUUACCUGAAACAGUUCUUACCCAAGCGUUUGCACUUUGCCAAAAAUGACAGGAUUGAGCCCUUAACAUUCUAUUUGGACCCUCAGUGGCAACUUGCAUUGGUUUCUCAAACUUGGCCUAUUGACAUUUUGGAUCACACAAUUCUUUGUUGUGGGAGCUGUCAUGUGUAUUGUGGGCUGUUUGAAAAUUUACUGAAUUUGACACCUGCUCCUAAUAAUGGAACUCAUGGAAGUCUUAACCACCUUCUGAAGACUCCAGUUCACUUCCCAAAGCAUCCCAAAGAAGGUCGCCCCCUGGUACAGUGCCCCUUCACAAGGACCUCCAGUGAUAACUUUGGCUGCUCGUGCAAUCCCUUAGACAGUUUCUCUGCAGAAGACUUUUCCAACUGCCUUUACCAGGAUCUUCGAAUCCCUCUUAGUCCCGUCCAUAAAUGUUCAUUUUAUAAAAAUAACGCUAAACUGAAUUAUGGAUUCCUCUCCCCACCACGUACGUUUCGUUCUCCUCGACUUUCCUUUUCCCUAUCCUCUCUCUCUCUCUUCUUUUUCCUUUUCUUUUCUUAUGAGGUCCAAGCCGAAAAGCCAUACAAAGAAGCCUUGUACAGCAUUUCCAGGCAGACAUCCUGUGAUGUUUUUUUGGGUAAAUAUAGUUAUUUCUUCCUUAAAUUGAAUAUUGCCAUAUUUUACAGAAACAGCAGACUCAUCCGUAAUCAAGAAAUUCUGAUUCCGACUCACUUCUUCAUUGUACUAACAAGUUGUAAAAACACAGCACAGAGUCCCUCACAGUGUGAAAAUUUAGAUACCUUAGCUUUCAUUUUGCCUCACAGGACUGAUAAUAGUGAGAGCUGUGUGCACGGGAAGCAUGAAUCCUCAUGGGUUGAAGAGUUGUUGAAGUUACACAGAGCUCGGAUCACAGAUGUUGAACACAUCACUGGACUCAGCUUCUAUCAAGAAAGAAAAGAGCCAAUUUCAGACAUUUUAAAGUUGAAAACACAUUUGCCAACAUUUAACCAAGAAGACUGAUAUUUUUUUUAUUCCAAAAGCACACCAUAUAUCUUUUUGAAAGAACCUUCUAUUUUACACAGUCCUCUAUUCACACUAUCGCAUUGUUUGCAAACUGUCGACCAGAACUGGGAAUCCUCAGUGAUACGACCAUCUCAGGGAAAUUAGUGGCCUCAGCACAGCAGCAGCAAAGUGUUCCUAUUGAGUCUCGCACAUGUUUGAAUGUGUAAGAAUUGUUCAAAUUUGGGAAUAAAGACAGACCACACCUAACACUGCUCUUCUACUUAAGGGCAGAAGUAGCCUGUGAACAUUGUCUGGACACCAGAUAUUUGAAUCUUAUUAUCAUUAAUAAACUUUUAUGGAGCUGACAAACACCAGAGUAAUGAAUAGCAUUGGAAUAACCCAUGUUAUGUUAGUAUCCUCACAAGAAUUUAAGUGAUUCUUGACUCUUAAUUUUAAGAGUGAUUUUGGAAUUUCAUUUAUUUUAGUUUUAACCAAAAAAAAA